AUUGAAUUAUCAUAUUUGAUAUUUCAGACUGUGGCGGUACAGUCAAAUGAUUAAUCCUAUUAAUAAAAAACAUUUUGUUUAUUGAUAAAAUAAGACAAGAAUAUUUAUGUACAGAAGUGGUGAAAAGGCAGGUAUUCAGAUCAGCUUAAAAGCAUUUGCACCACAACACAUCGCUUGUUAUUAAUGAACCAUGCAGAAAUGGUUGUCCAAGUCAGAUACAUUUAUUAGUGGUUUUCAGAGUGCAUACUAAUCCGGAUGUAGAUUUGUAUCUUUAAUAAGCACGUCAGAGGCGCCUAGAGUAACAAAAAAAAAAACUCCUUACUUCCAAUGACACCAGAAAGUGAGAUGAAGAAUCAUUACUGUAUGUUAUUUAAUCAAACAUGAAUGAGUGUGUCGAAAGCAUGGGCAGUAUGAGCAUUAUGAUUACAGCACCCUUUUCUGUAGGUGCAAAUUUAUCUGGAGUAUCCUGGCAAGAUCACCACUUGUGCAAGGGUAGGACUUGGGCGUAAUAAACUUUAGCGCAUCUGUGUGGUAUCGUCCACGGUGGCAUAUGAUGAUGUGUCACAAGUGCUGGAGUAGAGCGUGAGGAUGAAUCAGGUAAAAGGAAGGAUUUAGAACUGGCAUUGUGCUGUGCAGCAGGAGUACACGUCCAACACGUACAUCAGGAAGGAGAGAAAGAGACAGGAUUAGCAUAUUAUUAGUGUCUUCUGAUCAUACAGUGGAUCAAAAGGAAUUACGUUGUGUUUAGCCGGGACUCUAGCUACAACAACAUGACUUCUAACUAAAACAAACUGGAAAUAGCCUGUGUGAAAGUGAUUAUUUUAUCUUUUAUUGUUUUUUUUGUUUUUUUUACACAAUAAGAAAAGGCAAACUGCUGUGUAGCUUUGAACUAGAUGUUUUGUCCCCCCCCCAGAUAGGUUGGGUUUUUCCUACAGUGGCCUCCAGAGUUAAAUCAUGUGACCACAAGGACAAAUCUAGGGUGCCAGAGAAGAUGAUUUGCUCGCUCAUGUGCUGCCUUCAUAACCUUACAGUGCAACCACACUAGCAGAGGUGGAAGGUAACUGAAAAGUGUUCAGAAACCGUCCAAAACUUGAGAUCCAGCAGAGAGAGAGACAGACGGAGAGAGAUAGAGGAACCCCCUUCCCUAAACCCCUCCUCCCUCACAGGGGCCAUGGGAGAAGAGGAGCAGCCCAGUCCGGAGGCUGGGAGUCCAGACAUGGAAAAGGAACAUCUGCAGGUCCCGUUCCCGGUGUUGCACGGGGAGUGUGUGGAGUUUGUGGAAAAGACGGACGAGGUUGUCAUCGCUUUAUCUAGCUACCGCCUUCACAUCAAGUUCAAAGACAACAUUGUAAACGUCCCUCUGCAACUCAUCGAAAGUGUCGAGUGUCGGGAUUUGACUCAGCUUCACCUCAUCUGCAAGGACUGCAAGGUUAUCAGGUGUGAGUUCAGCUCCUCAGAGCAGACUCAGGACUGGCUGCGACGGCUCACUACGGUCCUCCGCCCUUCCACUCGCCUCGACGAGAUCUUCGCCUUCGCCUUCCACACCUGCAGUGCCAGCGUACCAGCUGAGAGAGACCUGCAUGAUGAAAUUUGCCACCCUGGUACAGGAGAACACUUGGGUAACCGUUUUAAGUAUGAAGCGUGCAGGAUGGGCUUUGACACCUACAGUGCCUGGAGAAUCUCUGACAUUAACAACAAUUACAGACUUUGCGCCGGUUACCCUGAGAAGCUUGUGGUGCCGAGCUGGGUCACAGACACGGAGCUGGAAAACGUGGCGGCAUUCCGAACCUGGAAGAGAAUUCCAGCUGUUGUUUAUAGACAUCAGAGCACAGGUGCUGUGAUCGGUCGGUGUGGGCAGCCCGAGGUGAGCUGGUGGGGCUGGCGGAAUGCAGACGAUGAGAACUUGGUGCAGUCCAUCGCUAAAGCCUGCGCCAUGGACCCUGCAGCUGUUAAACAUCUGCGCAAUGGCUCCUGCGUCCACAAUGACUCAGAUUCUGACAUAAACAAUGGCAAUGAGGAAGUGGACCAGAAUACCCCGCCUCCUCAGAGGCUCCUGAUAAUGGAUGCCAGGUCAUACGCUGCUGCCGUGGCCAAUCGGGCCAAAGGAGGUGGCUGUGAAUGCCCAGAGUACUAUCCAAACUGUGAGGUGAUGUUCAUGGGCAUGGCGAACAUCCAUUCCAUUAGAAGGAGUUUCCAGUGCCUGCGGGCUCUCUGUGCACAAGUACCUGACCCUGCCAAUUGGCUGUCUGCCCUAGAAGGCACUAAAUGGCUGCAGCAUCUGUCUCUGCUGCUGAAGGCGUCCCUGUUAGUGGUGAACGCCGUGGAUCGGGACAGCAGGCCCGUCCUGGUGCACUGUUCUGAUGGCUGGGACCGCACACCACAAAUAGUGGCUCUGUCAAAAAUGCUGCUCGAUCCCUACUACAGAACCAUAGAGGGUUUCCAGGUUUUGGUGGAAACGGAAUGGCUGGAUUUCGGUCAUAAGUUUGCUGACCGCUGUGGACACGGGGAAAACUCGGGGGACGUGAACGAGCGCUGUCCUGUCUUCCUGCAGUGGCUGGACUGUGUACACCAGCUGCAGAGGCAGUUUCCCUGCUCUUUUCAGUUCAAUGAGGCCUUUCUGGUGAAGCUGGUGCAGCACACCUACUCGUGUCUGUUCGGGACAUUCCUGUGCAACAGCUCGAAGGAGCGAGAGGAGAGGGGCGUACUAGAGAACACCUGCUCCGUCUGGUCUCUGCUUCAGCCAGCUAACAGAACCUUCCACAACAUCCUGUACUCGCCUCACUCGGAGACGGUGCUCCACCCGGUGUGCCACGUGAGGAACCUAAUGCUGUGGAGUGCUGUCUACCUGCCUAACUCCGCCCCCUCUUUGCUUUGUGAGGAGUCAUGUGCUUCUUAUUCUACUGCCUCAGCCUCACCCGAGGACACGCCUCCUGGCAGACUGCCAAAAACUCGUUCCUAUGACCACCUGCUGAGGGCUUGUGAGGGAAUGAAUCUGCUGGCCUCGAACCGCCGCUGCAGUGACCCUAACCUCAAUGAGACGUGGCAGGAGCACCUUCGAUCAGAGGCACGAACGGCAGAGACCGAGCCUGAGGAGAACCACGAGCAAGCAGCCUGUUGUAAUACACAUCAUCCCGAAACGAGCGGAUCGGAUGAGAGGAUUCCAAACGAGGGAUUACUCAACGGGAAGGAGCACGCAGACUCUGAAAUAGAAAAUGGGAUUCUUUUAGCAAACCAGGAUACCCUUGUUGUUGGCGCACCCUGUCUAGCCGAACUUUCCAACGAGGCACCUGAACAGAACGGUGAGGAUUUGGUGCGUGACUCGGUGCUGGACCAUUCCACUGGGGAAUCCGUAACCUCAAUCGUCUCUCCCUCAUCCCCCCCCACAGGACCCGUCACUACCAACCAGGAAUGUUUAUCUCCUAAACGUCUAGCCAGUAACCUGGAACUGCACCUCGCUUCUUCACAAGAAGACUCUACAGAACCAUUAAACACACCCAGCUCACUCCACUCACCCUCACACCCUCUGUCUCCGAAGGCGAACACUGACAGCUUCGUGUGUAACAGCGAAUUUCCCCGUCUUAACGGCUCCCUCUCACAGAAAUCCCUAAGCCGCCAGACAUCCACAGCAAGCGCCGGGUCUCUACAGCUGGGCUGUCACGGACGAGCACCGGCUCAGGGAACUCAUCUGGGUGAGGACGGGCUCAGUGUGCACAGGGACGCCGUGCAGGUGCGCCUCAGGCAGAUGGAGGCGGGACAUCAGCUGCAGGUGGAGACGCUAAAAAGGCAGGUGCAGGCACUGUUGAACAAGCUACACGUCAGUGGAGAACUGACUCCUGUGCCAGACGGAGAGAAUAACGUGGAGGCCAUGCAUCUGUCUCACUGCAGCCCCGAGCUCUUCUCUGAGAGCACCUGGGAAAAUGAGGAGCAGCACGACAAACAGGUCCCUCGGUGGUAUCCCGAUCACCUUCCAACACACUGCUACAGAUGUGAGAGCAAGUUCUGGCUAGCUGCUAGAAAACAGCAGUGCAGGAAUUGCGGGAACGUCUUCUGCGCCAGCUGCUGUGACCACAAGGCAACGAGUCAGCAGAUGUAUGAACCGAACCGUGUGUGCCAGGCCUGUUACGGGCACCUCCGCCCGUCAUCCGUGCCCCCCGUGCUGCCUCCUGCUGACCUGGAGCUGGAGAAACCCAUCACAGCCAGUUCCAACUGAACCAGAAAUACUUUAUACGCAGAGCGAUGACUCGCUCGUCUUGUAGGAAUCUUAACUAAAUCAGCUUCACAUGAGAAGAUUAGAUUAGUAUAACUUCCAACAGCGAACACACGAAGGUUUAAAUCCCCAAACUAAGGCGUCAAAAACAUUGAUCAUUAUUUAUUAUUAAUGUUUAGAAGUGGUCGUCUCUCUCUCUUGCGCGCGCCAUGUGGAUUCUAUAUUAACGUAAGCUGCGUGACCCCGCCCCUCCCCCCAGGCCUUUUUCUAUAUGCAGUGCUACAUCAUAUAAAGCCAUGUGGAACUCUAGAGAACGACUUAUCUGUGUUCAUGUGAAUAGCAGAUGUGUGUGUAUAUAACGCCAUGUACAGUCAAAAAGAUCACAGUGUAUAUGCUGAAAUUAAAAUCUUUCAAUCUGAGUAAUGAAGCA